CCGUUGAAGCCAAACGUCAGUGUUCUGCGGCUGAACCGUUUAGUGACUUUGCUGCAAGCUUUUGUUCGCUGCGCGUCAAAGCUCGCACCUAACAGCUAAAAAUACUCCAGUAGGCGGACAUUAAGUGACCCAAACCAGCGGAUAAAUGUGACACCUCGGCUGUUGUUGACCACGAUAAAAACAGAAGGGACAGCUUCGGUGCUCCUGCCGCCGCCGCCUUUCCCCGCCGCCUUUCCUCGCCGCCUGCCUCCGCGCUCCAUGUCUGCCUGCCUCCUCUGGUCAUAACCAUGGCGACGGUGAUCCUGCUCCGGCCGUGUCGCUGAGCCGCCGCCGCCCCGCCGCCGCCGCACCAUGGAGAGGAAACGCCGAAAGAAAUCCGUCUAGCUCCCCGGCCUUUCGCAGAAUGGACUCGUAUCUGGAGCUGUGGACCUGAGCCUCCAGCAGGUGUUCGCCGCCCACAGUUUGCUUCCAAGCCCGACAUGCUGCCGUUUCCCGUGUUGGCCUCCGUGCUCCUGGGGCUGCUGGCCGGCCUCCUGCCCGGUGCGGGGACGCAGCCGGAGCCGGGGGCCAGAGGCAGCCCCCCCCCCGCCAGCGGGGAGCCCCUCCCCCCGACGCCCGACGCCAACUGCUCCCAGCUCACCCUCAAACUGGAGUUCUCCUCCGAGGUGGUGGAACAUGAGUACAUCGUGGCCUUCACCGGCUACUUCUCGGCCAGAGCCCGCAGCCACUACAUCAGCAGCGCCCUGCGCAGCUCCGCCGGCGGCCUGCUGGAGUGGCACAUCGUCUCCAGGGAGAACCCGGCCUCCCACUUCCCCAGCGACUUUGAGCUGGUGCACAUCCGCCAAGCCCCCCCCGGCAGCCUGCUGACCUUAGAGGACCAUCCCUACAUCAAGAGGGUGACGCCCCAGCGCAAAGUGUUCCGCACCCUAAAGUACACCCCCGCCCCAGAAGCUGCCGCUGCGCCCUGCAACGCCUCGGCGGGGAGCCCCAGGUGGCCGUCCUGGCAGUCGUCCCGGCCGUUCAGGAGGAGCAGCCUGUCUCUGGGAUCCGGCUUCUGGCACGCCACCGGCCGCCACUCCAGCCGGCGCCUGCUGCGCGCCAUCCCCCGCCACGUGGCCCAGAUCCUGCAGGCCGACGUGCUGUGGCAGAUGGGACACACCGGCUCGGGCGUGAAGGUGGCCGUGUUCGACACCGGCCUGAGUGAAAAGCACCCGCAUUUCAAGAACGUGAAGGAAAGGACCAACUGGACCAAUGAAAAGACGCUGGACGAUGGCCUGGGCCACGGCACAUUCGUGGCAGGCGUCAUAGCCAGUAUGAGGGAGUGCCAAGGCUUCGCCCCCGAUUCCGAGCUGCACAUCUUCAGAGUGUUCACCAACAACCAGGUGUCGUACACCUCCUGGUUCCUGGAUGCUUUCAACUACGCCAUCCUGAAGAAGAUCGAUGUCCUGAACCUCAGCAUCGGGGGUCCAGACUUCAUGGACCAUCCCUUUGUGGAUAAGGUGUGGGAGCUCACAGCCAACAAAGUCAUCAUGGUGUCGGCCAUCGGCAACGACGGACCUCUGUACGGCACCCUGAACAAUCCAGCUGAUCAGAUGGACGUGAUCGGAGUCGGAGGGAUCGACUUUGAAGACAACAUAGCAAGAUUUUCCUCCAGAGGCAUGACCACCUGGGAGCUGCCAGGGGGCUACGGCCGAGUCAAGCCCGACAUCGUCACCUACGGCUCGGGCGUGCGGGGCUCCGGCAUGAAGGAGGGAUGCCGCUCGCUGUCGGGCACCAGCGUGGCCUCCCCGGUGGUGGCAGGCGCCGUCACGCUGCUGGCCAGCACCGUCCUGAACCGGGAGCUGGUGAACCCGGCCUCCAUGAAGCAGGCUCUGAUCGCCUCGGCCCGCAGGCUGCCCGGGGUCAACAUGUUUGAGCAGGGCCACGGGAAACUGGACCUGAUCCGGGCCUACCAGGUCCUGAACAGCUACAGGCCUCAGGCAAGCCUGUCUCCCAGCUACAUCGACCUGACGGAGUGUCCCUACAUGUGGCCCUACUGCUCGCAGCCCAUCUACUACGGGGGCAUGCCCACCAUCGUCAACGUCACCAUCCUCAACGGCAUGGGGGUCACCGGCAGGAUAGUGGACAAGCCCAUCUGGCAGCCGUACCUCCCGCAGAACGGCGACCACAUGGACGUGGCCAUCUCCUACUCCCCCGUGCUGUGGCCGUGGGCUGGAUACCUGGCCGUGUCCAUCUCCGUGGCCAAGAAGGCCGCGUCCUGGGAGGGCGUGGCCCAGGGCCACGUGAUGGUGACGGUGGCCUCGCCCGCCGAGAACGACUCGGAGGUCGGAGGGGAGCUGACGUCCACGGUCAAACUGCCCAUCAAGGUGAAGAUCGUGCCCACGCCGCCCCGCAGCAAGCGAGUUCUGUGGGACCAGUACCACAACCUGCGCUACCCGCCGGGCUACUUCCCCCGAGACAACCUGCGCAUGAAGAACGACCCGCUGGACUGGAACGGAGACCACAUCCACACCAACUUCAGGGACAUGUACCAGCACCUGAGGAGCAUGGGCUACUUCGUGGAGGUGCUGGGGGCCCCCAUCACGUGCUUCGAUGCCAGCCAGUACGGCACGCUGCUGAUGGUGGACAGCGAGGAAGAGUACUUCCCAGAGGAGAUCACCAAGCUGAGGAGAGACAUCGACAACGGGCUGUCGCUCAUCGUCUUCAGCGACUGGUACAACACCUCAGUGAUGAGGAAAGUCAAGUUCUACGACGAGAACACCAGGCAGUGGUGGAUGCCGGACACGGGGGGCGCUAACGUCCCGGCUCUGAACGACCUGAUCUCCGUGUGGGGGAUGGCCUUCAGCGACGGGCUGUACGAGGGCGACUUCACUCUGGCCGAUCAUGACAGCCUGGAGGUGUUGAAGCAGGAGACGGCCGUCGUGGAGGGCGUUCCCAUCCUCGGACUGUACCAAACGCCCUCGGACGGCGGGGGUCGCAUCGCCCUGUAUGGGGAUUCGAACUGCAUAGACGACAGCCACAGGCAGAAAGGUGCCGCCCCCAGGCUCCUCCUCCUCCCGGGCCAGCCGGGUUCAGCCCUUUUCUGCCCCCUGGCUCAUGUGUCGGCCUCUCUCUGUGUUCCCGCAGACUGUUUUUGGCUCCUGGAUGCCCUGCUGCAGUACACCUCCUACAGCAUGACCCCGCCCAGCCUCAGCCACUCCCACAGCAGGGUGGCCCCCCCCACGGGGGCAGACCGCCCGCUGCCACAGAGGCUGGAAGGAAACCACCUCUACCGCUACUCCAAGGUUCUGGAGGCCCACCUGGGGGACCCGAAGCCCCGCCCCCUGCCCGCCUGCCCCCACCUGUCCUGGGCCAAGCCGCAGCCCCUCAACGAGACGGCGCCCAGCAACCUGUGGAAGCACCAGAAGCUGCUCUCGGUGGACCUGGACAAGGUGGCGCUGCCCAACAUGAAGGCCUACCGGCCCCAGGUCAGGCCUCUGUCCCCGGGGGAGAGCGGGGCCUGGGACAUCCCCGGAGGGAUAAUGCCGGGCCGCUACAACCAGGAGGUGGGCCAGACCAUCCCCGUCUUUGCCUUCCUGGGGGCCAUGGUGGUGCUGUCCUUCUUCGUGGUCCAGCUCACCAAAGCCAAGAGCAAACCCAAACGCAGGAAGCCGCGCAUCAAGCGCCCCACCUACCUGCAGCAGCAGCAGGCGGCGGCGGGGGGGGGCAAGGCGCCCGCCGUCUGAGCGCCGUCUGGACGCCACCGCCCCGGUCCUGUGCCUCUUUGUGUGGACCAAUGGACAGAAAACACACACCUGGACCUGAACACGCCCCCGCCCACCCCCCCUCCUCCUUUACGACCAAACGCCUUCUUUACUAAUGAACAUCUGACUUUAAUAUUUAUUGAAUUUGUUUGUACAGCCGGAGGGCAGCCGGGUCAAAGGUCAGGCGGAGUCCGCUGCGGGGUGAUCCUGAGUCGUGCCCACCUCUGUGUCUUUUCAUUGUUUUUAUAUUUUCUAUGAUGAACGGCCUGCGCAGGCCGGCUGCCGCUCACUCAGUGUCGCCCACGGACUCCCCAGAUAUAUCUCAUCCAUUAAAAAGCAUUACCAAAGUUCCCUGGGCUGCUUUCUUCAGGAAAAUGGUCAAAGGUAAGGCCACAUGUUUGGUUUUGAACCAGAUUUUAACAGUAAAUCUGAGGACAAAGGCUUUGAGUUAAUAAUCAUAGAUAAUACGUUU